UUUUAAUUUGAAUAUUUGCCUUAUUUACGUGUACUCCCUUUCCUUUUACGUAGAAGAAUUUAAAACGACUAAGUUAGUCGCCCAGAGAAGCACGCAUAGCAAAGAAUUUCUUCUAGAACCCUGUAACGCGUAUUCAAAACACGUACUUGUCCGUCUGGUACUAAUACCCACACGAAAACCAAGAAGAUGGCCCCUGCUUCAACAGCUACAAGUAUGAAUAUCAAGAUCGUGUUUGCAGGGAGUGCAAACGUUGGAAAAACAGCACUAUUUCAGAAGUGGAAGACAAACGAGACCCUUGAUGAAACAGAGGCGACGAUCGGAAUCGACUUUGAGAGACGAAAAAUCCAAAUACCGGCAGCCGGGGAAGGGUCAGAUGUAUUUAAUUACAUUUAAGAGGUUUGAUUUUCAUAGAAACAGAAGCAACGGUGUUCUGUUUGCAAGAAUGCUAAAAAUGCUCCUCUUUGACGAUCGAUGAUAUUCCUAAAUCGACACUGCACAGCAAGGCAUCGUGGGCCUCACUGUCUGGGACACCGCGGGUCAGGAAAAGUUUCGAAGUGUGAGCUCGCACCACUACCGCGGAACGCAUGGUGCGCUUUUGGUGUACGACGUCAGUUUAGGCGAAAGCCUCGAUGACCUACGACAAAAGUGGCAACGUGAGGUCGCCGAUCAUGCUGUGCCGAAUGCCGCGAUUGCGGUAGUGGCAAACAAGGCAGACCUGUUGGAAGAUGAAAUCUCCAUUGGGAAAUCCAAUCUGCAGGAAGGUCUUAAGGCUGGCAGGGAAUUUGCUGCACAGCAGAAAUGCCUGUUCUUCGAGACAAGCAGCAAGUGGGAUCGAGUUUACUUUGUUAUGCCAGCCUGCCAUUGUUGUAGCACUAAUUUUUUUGGUUCCAUACAAAAAAAAUAUACUCAGGCUCACGGGAUCUGUUUCUUUACAUCUAUGUAUUUUUUCAAGUUUGCUGCGUCUCUCUCUAAUCCGCACCACACUUUCGCGAAGACGCUCGACUACGGCGAAGAGCGACUCUAUCGAUGCGGCAUUGAGGUCGUUCUGCGCAUCUUAGCGGAAGAGGUUUUAGCCGCGGAAAGAGCGGGAACUCUCAUAACUAGCAGUCGCGGGCGUGGCAACAUCGAAUUGCUUCCGUUAACAAGCGUGGUCGGAUGUAACGACGAGUUAUUGAAAGCUUGCGCGUGCUGAAAAGAUGUAUUUUUCAUGGGUCUUGAGGAAACAACAUAGCUCACAUCAUUAGACGAGGUAGAAGAGGUCAUCAUACGUAGGUUGGCGUUUGGCGGGUAUAAUUUUUGUUUCGCUGCGCGCGCAAUAUAUUUUAUGGAGAGAUGCAUAGACAGAACUGGUGCUUGUGCAUAGAGCAAAACACGCACACUCUCGAGUCAUUUUGUUAUGUUUCAGAUUCUCCGGUGGGUCUAAUACAAAAGAUGAUCCCCGGAAAAAGAAGAUGAUCCCCCAAACUGGACAUAAGUCGAUCUGUUCUCAUGUGUUACGAAGACAGGAUCAGAGAAAGAAAAAAAGCUGUUUGCCCCCUUUUCAGAAGAUAUGAAAUUAAUUUUUCCUAUAUAUAAGAUUGGGGCUGACGCACGCGCUUCUCGAGGCUGGAAUACUGUCACUCCUGAAGUGCCGUCGAUGUCGGACUCUUCCACGGCCCAAAAAAAAGAAGCUGAGCACUGUAAAAUGACCAAGAUAGCCAAAAAAAAAUAAGAAAAAGCUACGGUCCAAAACACCUCUGAGCUUCAGUUAUAUCGACCAACCAAGGACAACAGUGG